AUGCCAUCUCCAACCUCUGUCAACCACCACCGCCUGAAACCACUUUACCGAGAAGCACCGACCACCAAAUGGUCACCCAUAUACCCCAAACACCAUCGUCAGCCAAGAACAAACACCGCCACCAUUAAGCUUCCACUGCUAUCAACGAAGACAACCAACAGACACCCCUCUCCAACUGUCGACCAACCACCAAAUGGUCGCCCAUAUACCCCAAACACCAUCGUCAGCCAAGAACAAGCACCGCCACCAUUGAGCUUCCACUACUAUCAACGAAGACAACCAACAGAUACCCUUCUCCAACUGUCGACCAACCUCGCACCACCACUUCGGUGA